AUGGCGGCCAAAGCUGCCUCCGAUGGCGUCGCCUCCAUCGUCGCCGCCCUCAACACCAUGCAGAGCAAUGUUCAGGGCAAAGAAAAGGAAGUGGCGCAUCAAUAUCUCGAGACCUUUCAGAAAUCUCCUCAAGCAUGGACAUCGACAUGCUCCAUCCUACAAGACUCCUCGACUUCCGUCGAAGCGCGACUGUUUGCCGCGACUACACUGAAAGGAAAGAUCACAUACGACCUACAUCAAUUGUCACAAGAGGCGCUACCGCAGCUCCGAGAUCAGGUUAUUCAGUUGUUGCAGCUCUAUGUCUCGGGACCGCGACCAAUAAGGACUCAGCUGUGUGUCUGCAUUGCCAGCAUGGCCGUGCAGAUGCUAACCUGGAAAGAUGUCUUGAGUACAGUCGGUUCGGCCGUUGGUGCUAGCAACGAGGGCGGCGAUGCCAUGCUUGAUUUCCUUCGCAUUCUUCCAGAAGAGGUCACAGAAGGCCGAAAAGUCAACCUUUCAGAAGAGGAGCUCAUCGACAGGACCAAAGAGCUGUUGGAAGACAAUGCCAGUCAAGUACUUAGCCUACUAGUCUCAUAUGCUCAAUCAUCCGCCACUGCUGCAACAAAUCCACGACUCUACGAAUGUCUGGCUUCGUGGCUCAGAGAAAUACAAGUCUUGGACGUGGUGAACUCGCCGUUACUCGACAAGACGAUUGCAGCCAUCGAUGAUCCGAGGUCAUUCGACGCGGCUGUCGACUGUCUCUGCACCAUCUACAAAGACACUAGGGACGUCGACGAGUCCAAGGCCAUAAUUACUGCUCUGUUCCCGAAAAUCAUGGCAAUGACACCCAAGAUUGCAAGUGCUGCAGACGACAAUGACCUCAUGAAAGGUAUUACUCGUCUGUUCGCAGAAGCCGGCGAAGCUUGGGUUGUUCUCAUCGCCCGAAUGCCCGCGCAAUUCCGGCCAUUGGUCGAGGCCAUCCUCGCCUGCUGUAAGGUGGAUCAGGAUCGCGAAGCCAUUGCAAUCACAUUCAACUUCUGGUUUGAACUGAAGCAAUACAUCACCCUCGACAAGUACGUGGAGGCAAGAGCUACACUGGCCGACCUAUAUUCAGAGUUGGUCGAUGUUAUGAUCAAACACCUUGAGUUCCCGACACCAGAAGAUGGUGACGAGGCAGACCUUUUUGACGGUGAUAGAGAACAGGAAGACAAGUUCAGGGAGUUCAGACACACCAUGGGCGAUGUCCUGAAAGAUUGUUGCGAAGCAAUCGGCGCUCCAGAGUGCUUGCGAAAGACUUUUGCUCUCAUUCAAGGCUGGGGUCAGAAGUAUGGUGCGCAAGCCACAGAGACUAAGGUGCCGUAUUGGCAACAGCUAGAAGCACCACUCUUCGCGCUUCGAGCCAUGGGCGGCAUGGUCUCUUCGGAGGAAAGCACUGUCCUUCCACAAGUUAUCCCGUUGCUAACCACAGUCCCGGACCACGAAAAGCUGAAAUUUCAGGCCAUCAUGGCUCUGGCUCGCUACACCGAAUGGACUGCGCAAAACCCUGAAGUGUUGGAAGCACAGCUGAACUAUGUCAUUUCUGGCUUCAACAAUAAGUCUCCAGAAGUUGUGCAAGCCGCUGCACUGGCCAUGCGAUUCCUUGGAACCGACUGCGCGAAGCUGCUAGGUGACCAUGUGGAGAAGCUCCAACAAUUCUACGACAGUGUCCUCGACAAGCUCAAGGCCACGAGUCAGGAAGAGAUCACCGAAGGUGUUGCCGCCGUGGUCGCCGUUCAGCCUACUGCGAAAAUAUACAGCAGCCUCAAGCUGUUCUGCGAUCCCGUCAUGAACAGGAUUGUCUCGCACGCGGAGCAAGCCAAGGACGACGAGGGCGAGAAGGUAGUGGCUGACUAUCUUGGUCUGAUCACCACAUUCAUCCAAUACGUCCAACCUUACGUUUCUCCUGACCAGGAGAAUCCAGCAGUCAAGUACUGCCGAGAGCUGCUGCCUGUGCUGGCGGACAUCUCGAAACAUUUCACGAAAUCGAUACCCAUACUCGAGCGAGUUUGCAAGUGCUGGAGAAAUAUGGUGAUCUCAUACCGUACAGGUAUGGCGCCUUUAUUGCCUGAAUUGGCGACUGCCAUUGCGGAGGGCUAUGCGGCAUCAAAGCAAGGCUGCUUCUUGUGGGCUACCGAUGCCGUGAUACGAGAAUUCUCCCAAGGCGCCGAAUUUGUGGACCAGAGGACUAGCGACAGCGUCUUCGACUUCUUUUCGCAACAAGCCACAGUCUUCUUCCGGAUCUUAUCAGAUCUGGACACCGUCGAAUUGCCAGAUAUGAUCGAGGACUUCUUCAGGCUUGCGUCAGAUGCGAUACGAUACUACCCGAUCAAGACCCUGACCUCCGAUCUGGCUGAGCCGAUGGUCAAAGCCUCCCUCUCAGCACUCGCGUUACAGUCCAUGGAGCCCAUACUCGCUGCUCUGCACUUUUUACGCGACAUGCUCGAUUUCGGCUACGACACACCACCUAUUUCGUCCCUGAAUGGACGGCCGCACUCGCCGCCGGAAGUCCAGAACUCAGUCAAGCGGAUUCUAGCGACGACAGGUCUAGAGAUGGUGCAGCGAAUCAUGACCGGCAUGAUGUUCUCCUUCCCGGAAGAUGUCUAUCCCGAUGCUUCUGCGAUUCUUCUGGCGCUGUUCAAUCUGAUCCCUCAAGGUGCUGCUCAAUGGGUCGCAAAUACAUUGCAGCUGUUACCGGCUGGGACACUGAAGCCUGCUGAGGCUAACAAGCUCAUGCAGGGCAUCUCUCAGAAAUUGCAGCAGAACGAGGCAAGGAAGGUGCGAAUGCUGCUGCAGGACUUCACCAAUAGCUACAGACGGCGGAAUGUGGCACCCAGAGAAGGGCUGGGCAGGCUGGAGGCUACGAGGUUCCGGUAUCAAGGCUAG